AGCCAUAACGACCUCAGUCCCCGCUCUCUUCUUCGUCUUCUCCAUUCUUCAGCGCGCAGAUCAUGUCUUCGAAAGAUCAUCCAGACGAAGAAAAAUCUGUGGAGCCAUCUGAUAUGGCCGUUGAUGCGCAGGUCGACGACAUUGCAGAUACUGAAAUGUUACAACCUACUGCGGAGUUUGGGGGUCUGCAAUUAACAGAAGAUGAAUUGCAACCUGAAACUUCCGGAGCUGCAAAUCAGACAGUCAUUUACAACUGGGAGAUUAGAAAUUUUAGUCAGCUGGGUCCAGAGAAGGUCAAGUCGGAGUCGUUUUCAGCUGGCGAUGUGAAAUGGAAAAUUCUUCUAUUCCCUAAAGGGGAUGGAACAGACCACUUGUCUCUGUAUCUGGAAUCUGAAAAUACAAAGAGAUUUCGAUGUUUAGAUUUUCGACUGACUGUGAUCAAUCAAAUUGCCAUCCUUAGAUCGGCGGUGCGAGAAUUAAUAGGCGAAACCAUUAGAGAUAGAUGCUUGGGUUUCAAAUGCUUUAUGCCUCUCGGUGCACUGCUUGAUCCCGCACGAGAUUUUCUUGUGGAUGACAUUCUGAAAGUCAAAGCAGAGGUCGUUAGCUGCAAAAAAGAAGAAGAUUCUUGUGACAUGGAAAAGGAGAAUGGUUGUGAGGAGAACGAGGUAAAUUCGGGUCAUGCAACAAAGGAGGAUCCUGAUGAGAGGAUCAAGAAAGGAGGAGGAAUAAAUGACUCAGGAAAGGAUUCUGGGUAUCUGGGUAUGGGGAAUCUAGGAGCUGAGCAUCAUGAUAAGAAAAAGAAUAGCAGCUAUCUGGGAAUCAAGAAUCAGGGAGUUACUUGUUAUAUGAACUCUGUCAUCCAAACUCUCUAUCACAUUCCUUCUUUUAGAAAGGCUGUAUAUAAAAUUCCCACGACAAAAGAUGAGAAGCCGUCGGAAAGCACCCCACUUGCAUUGCAGAGAUUAUUUUACAAUCUACAGUUUGGUAAAACCUACGCUUGUACUAUGGAGCUAGCGAAAUCUUUUGGAUCAAGAUGGCAAUCUUUUAUGAUGCAAGACGUAAGCGAGUUUCGCAGAUUCUUGUCUUCACAACUUAAAGAGAACAUGAAGAGGAGAUCACGCAAUGUCCUAGAAGAGCUGUUCGAAGUGCGCUACCUGGAAGCCAUAGAAUGUCUUUUUGUGGACUAUAAAUCAACAACACUGGGCAAAGCUUACGAGCUCAUUCUUCCUGUUAAAGAUAGUUCUGGGGUUUAUGCUACCUUUGAUGAUAUGGUGAGGCCUCAGCCACUUGAUGUGAAGUAUCAGGCAGGAACCUUGUUUGGAAGGCAGGAAGCUCAAAGAAUUAUGAAGUUCACUCAUUUACCUCCUGUUCUCCAACUUGAAUUAAAGCGGUUUACUCACGGUGAAAACGGAAAUACACAUAAGAUUAAUGACUACUAUGAGUUCCCUUUAGAACUUGACCUUGAUCGAUGUGAUGGCAACUAUCUUGCACCUGAAGCGGACAAGAAUAUUCACAAUCGUUACAUACUUCACAGCGUUUUGGCUCACAUUGGUGAUAUGAAUGUUGGACACUAUUAUGCAUUUAUCAGACCUACACUCUGUGAUGAAUGGUACAAGUUUAAUGAUGAAACUGUAACUAAAGAAGAUGGCCGGAACGCAAUAGAGGGCCUAUUUGGUGGCAAUAACAAGGGAAUUACAGUAGCAAAUGCUUAUAUGCUCGUGUAUGUUCGUGAGGAUGAUAAGGAUAAAGUAAUGUGCAGUGUGGGUAAGGAGGAUAUCCGUCAGCAUCUAGAGGACAGAUUUUUGGAAGAACAGACUAAAGCUAACCGGGUAGCAAAACAAUUAGAUUAUGAAGAUCAAGUAGAGGCUGUGCACUUCCGAUCUGUAGCAGAAUCUCGAGAUGAAUUUACUCUAUAUUUGAGCCUUUCUCUUUCAUACGAUGCUGUUGUCGGAAGAGUUGCUCAGUAUCUUGGGGUGGAUGAUCAUUCUAAAAUCCAGCUAACGUGUCACGACGUUCACACUCAGAAACCUAAUUUUGAUCCUAUUCGGCCAAGCAUUGCAUUUAAUCUACAUAAAAUGCUGCACCUCAGCAAUGAGGUAAAUCAUUUUUCGAAUAUUCUUUAUUACAAAUUGCUGGCUGUCCCUUCGGAAGAAGCCGAAGGCUUCAAAACACUCAUAAUAAAGUUUCACCUUCCUGCUAUAAUGGAUAAAGUUGAAUGUCAGGUAGAGCCACAUACCAUGAGCAUGCGAAAAUCGGGCACUGUCAAUGAUUUGCUCGCCGAUCUGAAAUCCAUGGUCGAUUUGUCUUGUCCGGAAGCAAAGCUUCGGAUGUUCGAAGUUUUCUGCCACAAAAUUUACAAGGUUUUCUCUCCCGAGGAAAAGAUUGCUGACAUAAACGACCAGUAUAUGACACUCCGAGCAGAAGAGGUUUCAGAAGAAGAGCAGAACCUUGGUCCAAAGGAUCGCCUGAUUCGUGUAUACAACUUUAAGGAUGCAAAGCAAGUAAAGGUGUUUGGAGACCCCUUUCUCUUGGCGAUUCACGAAGAAGAAAGAUUCGCAGACAUCAAACCACGAUUGAAGAAGAAAGCAGCUGUAUCAGAUCCAGUAUUUGCCAAAUGGAAAUUCGCGUUCCUUGGACUCGGUAACCCAGAAUAUCUCGACGAUUCCGACGUUCUUAUCCGCUACUUUGAGCAAGAGGAGAAGGAUACUUCAGUUGCCUGGCAACCGUUUCUCGGAAUACAUCACCCUGACGAUUCCUCAAUGGAUGUUGAUUAACCGAAUUCGGAGCACUCUCUAGUACGAGGAUUCGGAAUCACAAUCUAUGGUGACCCUGUUCCCUGUGAGAGUUGCGGCGGAAAUGGCGGAACGAAGUGCGUUUUCUGCCAAGACGGGAAGAUGAAGAUGGAAUCCGGCG